GCGAGAGUCCCUUCCCGAGCUCUCCCGGUUGGCGAUAGGUAGACGAACAAAGGACCGAUGGGCUCUGCGUCCUCAAAGACGCGUAAGGACAAGGCCAAGAGCAGCACCAUCGCUGCAUGCCCGACCGACACAGCUGCAGCAAAGGCCUGCCCGACGAGACUCGACGAUGGCCUGGCGCAAGUCGCGAUGUUUGCAGGUCUCCGGCAGGUGACGAUGGGCGUGUUGCGCAUCGACUACGACUACCAGACCAACUUGGGAGACAUACUCGACCCACGAUCCUUUGAUUUUCGGCUAGUCUCGGCCACAGUCGAGGGGCUUACCUUCAAGAGGGCUCAGGAAGGCGAGCCGCUACCCUGCUACGUUAUGAGCAACCUCGACGGAGCAGUUAAGAAGCUGAUCGACGCAGGAGCGGACUUCAUCGUCGGCGACUGUGGCUUUCUAGUCUACUGGCAGGUGUACGUGCGCGACUUUGCCCAGCAGUACGCGGGCGGCAGGGCUUGUCCCGUCAUGCUCAGCUCUCUCGUGCUGUCACUCCCGCUCCUCGCCACCAUCCCGGUGGGCGGCAAGAUUGGCAUCCUGACAGCCAGCAAAGGUAGCCUGAUGAAGAUGCAAAAGAAGCUUGCCAGCGUCAUCGAGCUACAGAAAGAGGAGGCGCGCACGCGGGCAGUGCCGGCAGCAGUGCAGCCGAGCGGCAUCGAGAUCAACUUCUCCGAUCCCCGGUUCAAGGUUGUCGGCCUCGACACCGUGAAUUCCUUCAAGACGGCGCUGGCGGACGACUCGGGAGUGGAUGACCGCCGCUCAAUCGCCAUCGAGAUUGCGAAGUACUGCAAGCAGGUGGCUUGUGAGGACCCCGCCAUAUGCGCGUGGCUCAUCGAGUGCACCGAGGCGGGCGGGUUUUCGUGGGCCAUCAAGCUCGGCACCGGUCUGCCGGUAUGGGACCCCGUCACCAUUGGCCGUUUCCUCUCGCUCGGCUUCACUUCAUCCCUACCUUCAGUGGCGCUCACCCUCGGCGAGACCGGCCAGGUUGCACUUGACCCAAACGAGACGGACGUGAGCAAGGGCCGCCCCACAAAGGCCGAGCAUCGCUUUGGGCCAGAGUUUGAGGAGAUGCUGCAGUGAGAUCAGAGGGUGUGGUAAAUGCCAUGCCCCGUGAUCCAGACCGCCUCGUUGAAGGUCGGCCGCUCGUUGCCAAUCAGCCACAAGGUUAAGUGAGCGCGGCCUGGAGUUAGGUGGAAUGACUGGAAUGGAGCCUAUUUAGGUCCGGUCCGGUCUCUGGUAUUAAUUAAACGUAUACAGGAG